AUGGCCGGUAUCACCUCACUCCCUACCGAAAUCAUCAGGCACAUUUUCUCCUAUGCCGACCAAGAAUCACAAAAAGCGCUCCGGCUGACAACCCGCCGGUUAGGGGCCAUCGGUCAACAGAGCGUCUUUCAGACCCUCAGCCCUCCUGAAUCUCAGUACGGUGCCGAAAAGGAUGUAGCAUCCCGCCUAUUUAGCUACCUGAAGGAGAUGCCCCAGCUGCAAAGUGCGGCCGUACGGUUCCACUGGGAAUGUCCUGAAGAGACUUACGAUGUCCAGCAGGACGAAUCUUUCCGGUCAGAAGUUAUACAGGAGGGUCUGAAAGCGCUUGCUGCGAUUCCUGGAUUGAAAGAACUCGCCCUGCAAGAAAUGUACAACGUUAACGAGACAGGUCCCGAGGCUGUCGCAAACAGGAACAAGAUCCUGUCUCGGUUGAAGUCCCUCCGGCUGAAUAUCACCAAUAGGAGUCGAUGGAUUAAUGGGAGCUCGGAUUAUGAAAGACCGGAACCGCACAAGUUCUUCCCCGAACUGCCCUCCGUCUGGCUAGAACCAUGCAUGUCCAAUCUUCAGCACCUCACCCUCUACUCCAGCAUUUACAUCGGCUUCACCCCGAAAUGCGACCUUGGGGGCCUUCAUUUCCCUAAGCUGAAGACCCUUGCAUUUGGAAACCACGCCUUUAUCCACGACUCCCAGCUUGACUGGAUCCUUUCCCAUGCUGCGACCCUAACAGCACUCUACCUCGAUGACUGCACCAUAAUCUACGAAGCCGCGGUUAGCUCGUAUUCAGUUCAAGAGGGCCGGACGCUUCUUACAUUUGAUGCCUUCCGCCCUCAUCCACACUUACCAGAAAAUAAACUAUACACGUCCUAUGAUACGCGUUGGGCUGAUUAUUUCCGAGCAUUUAAGGAUAAGUUGGUACAUCUGAAGGAUUUUCGUUACGGGAGUGCACCAAACUGGUGGGAGGAUGAGACCACUCCCUUUGAGUCGGAGCAGAAGAUCAGGAUUGGGUUUGGAAAAGAAAGCUAUCUCACCUUUGCCUCUGGGAUUUUACCUUGUGAAUAUAUGGAGCAUUUCUACUGGUGGAUCCGCACGAAGCGUGCCGUUGUAACUGCGAACUGGAGGGAUUACCUUGAAUAUGUUCAUGGAGAGAAGUUGGAGGUUUCGGAGGAUGAUAAGAAGGCCUUAGAGGAGCUAUGCAAGAAAGUCGGGUUAUCGUGGAGUGUCUCUUCUUCGGAAGAUAAAUAG